AUGGUGAGCAAGAUCAAGAGCUUGGAGAAGAAAGUUUCUGGUUCUUCAAGCAAGAAGAAGAAGGCACCCAAGGCCCCACUUUCCCUAGGAGUAGGUCACUCCUCACCACUCCAAAGGAGGCUCCCUGCCCAAGAGCCUCACAGAGCCUCUUCUUUCGAGCCAAGGGAAGGAGAAGACAACACGCAGAGAAGGAGGAAGACUUCCAAGGCCAGACGCUCCAGCUCGACCACCGGACUCGAUCGAGUCCAAACAGAGGAAACUCAACUCGAUCGAGCUGAGGGUCGAGUUGACCUGGAGGAGCCCCAGUUCGAGAACCCUGGAUUCGAGUACGAUCCCAGCCUACCAGGACUUCUCCCAGAGAUGGACCCCUAA